CUUUUUUUCUCCCCUCCAUCACAGCCUGCAGCCAAAGAAGCCAGCAGCGUCGGGGAUCGUGGACCUUGACGUGCCUCAGUGCCAUCUCGACACUCCAGCUAUCCUUGUGCGUAGAAUUACAGCCUCGCCGGCCUUUGCUCAUCGCUUGGCGUACUUUUUUUGCCCUUGCGUAGUUUCUUUCUAUUCUUCAUUCUUCUGCCUGUCGGCCCGAGUGUUGCCGUCACCAGCAGCCCUCUUGUCGGCCUGCGUCUCUCCGCCGUGUUUGCACUCGAGCCAUUGGAUUGUCGCCGCAACCAUCGCCUGUCAAUCGACACGACCGUCGCCGGUUGACAGCACUUUCGCGCGAUCGCGUCUAGAUCGACGUUGUCACUGGCCCGCGCCGCUCAGACCCUUCACCGCCCGCCUUGUCGCGACAGCCCGCUGCCAACCGCAUCGCGAUGGCGAACCAUCACCCAUCACCCACAAUGAUGCAGAUGCAGCAUCAAGCACCUCCGCCUGUGGCGCCGCCUCAGAAUGUCCAGCCAAACCACUUUAACCCAUCGCACCAGAUUGCGGCCAUGAACGAGGCCGUCUGGUUGCAGAUUGGAAGCUUCUCUGAGCUGCUGCGAGUGCCCGAAGAAGCAAUGCACGCCUACGAGCGAGCCCUCCAGGCGAAUCCUAACUCGACCGCCGCGAUGAGCGCGAUUGGAAUGCUCCUCAAGGGGCGCGAGGCGUUUGACAAGGCUCUCGAGUUCUUCCGAGCCAUCGUCCAGCUCGACCAAAACAACGGUGAAGCAUGGGGCAAUCUCGGCCACUGUUACUUGAUGACCGAAAAUCUACAAAAGGCGUACGAUGCCUACCAACAGGCUCUCGUCAACCUAAGAGAUCCCAAGGAUCCUAUGCUGUGGUACGGGAUCGGAAUCCUGUAUGAUAGAUACGGGAGCUACGAUUAUGCCGAGGAAGCCUUCUCCCAAGUCAUGACGAUCCAACCCGACUUUGAGAAGGCCAAUGAAAUCUACUUCCGACUGGGCAUCAUAUACAAGCAGCAGUCCAAGUUCCAGCAAAGCUUGGAGUGCUUCAAAUACAUCGUCAAUUCCCCGCCGGGGCCCCUUACCCAGGAAGACAUCUGGUUCCAGAUUGGCCACGUGCACGAACAGCAGAAAGACUUCGACGGCGCCAAGUCCGCCUACCAGCGGGUGUUGGACCAAUCGCCGAAUCACGCCAAAGUUCUGCAGCAGUUGGGCUGGCUGUACCACCAACAAAGCCCAGCAUAUGAUUCCCAAGAACGCGGUAUCCAGUAUCUCGAGAAGUCUGUCGCGGCAGACAACCAAGAUGCGCAAAGCUGGUAUCUUUUGGGUCGUUGCUACAUGUCCCAACAGAAAUAUCCCAAGGCAUACGAGGCCUACCAACAGGCUGUGUACCGCGAUGGGAAGAAUCCUACCUUCUGGUGCUCGAUCGGUGUGCUCUAUUACCAGAUCAACCAGUACCGAGACGCACUGGACGCGUACUCACGGGCUAUUCGCCUCAACCCGUACAUAUCCGAGGUUUGGUAUGACUUGGGUACUCUGUACGAAUCAUGCAACAACCAGAUUGCCGACGCCCUAGAUGCCUACCAAAGGGCAGCAGAACUGGAUCCAGGCAACCCGCACAUCAAGGCUCGCCUUCAGCUUCUCCGAUCUGGCGGCACUAAUGGUGGUCCGCCGCCUGCAGCUCCUCAGCCCGCUGAUAUGCACCCCUCAACGUACCAGACCGGCCCUACAGGUCCUCCUCAAUGGGGCGGAUCUACGCAGCAGCAAUCCGCUGGCCCCCCUGCUGCCACUCAGGCGGCUGGCGAGAGCUGGGCCGGCAGGCUGUCAAACGUGAACCCGCCGCCUCAGCCCCCUAACCCCUACGAGAGCAGGGGCGAGCCUUUCCGUGGUGGUCCAGCACCGCCUCUCCGACAGCCCAGCCCUCCUCCGCAGGAGCCGCCGUCACGCCAGCCAUAUCCCGAGAUCAACAGACCAGGCCCAUCCCGUCGUGGCCCUUCGCCGCCGCCGGCUCAUCAGUAUGCCCAGCCUCUCCCUCCGCCGCCUCCCCAGUCCCAACCUCCGGCCCCCGCGCCGGCUGAGCGACGAGUUCUCAACCCUAACUGGGGCGGUGCGACGCCUUCGGCAUCGGCACCUCCCAACAACCCGAAUGCUGGCAACCCGCCUCCGAACGGCAUGACCCCGUUCCGACCCGCCAGUAGCCCGCGUACCGACGGCCGUCCUCCGAUCCAUGACAACCGCAUGCCAUCCCCCAAGUCGGCCUACCCGCAGCACCCGGCUCCCCCUCCCCCUCACUAUGCUCACCACCAGGAGUUGCCCCCUCAGAGCGCUCCUGAAAACAACGCGCAACCGCCUCCUCCCCCUCCACCGCCUGCGCCGAUUUCUGAGCCACCUGCCCAGCGCAUGGAGGAUCGACCUUCGUCUGUAGGACCAAAGAGGCAUCGGGAAUGGGAAGAGGAGCCCGUGGCCAAGAAGCCUGCCAACGAAGAGACGCGUGCCCGGCUUGGUGAUAUGCAACAUCGCAGACCGUCCACCCCUCCACCUGCCCGUGAUGCGUAUCGCCGCAACUCGUCCGAGGCUCGCCGAACGGAAGAGCAGCGUCGCCCCGAAGAGCCCAGGAGGCCUGACGAGCCGCGCCACAAGGCAGAGAGCUAUCACCCAUCCGAGGCUGCUCACCACACACAGAACCAUAGUGUGAGCUCCAACCACCUGCCACCUAUGCAGCCAGGAGCAGGCCCCAUGACUGGCGUCGUCCACGAAAAGCCCAACCCUCCUGUUGUCCCAAAGGAAGAGCCUCGGGCUGAGCAGGCUUCGACAGCUCGCCCAGCACCCCCGCCUGCCUCUGAACCCGAACGUGCUGCCAGGAAAAUGGACGUGGACGAGGACUAUGACGACAGCGGAGAGGACGAGAAAAAGGCAGUGCUCACCAACGGCUCUGGGCCCUCCGCAGCUUCAAGCGACCUGAAAGCCCCGAACUCCUCUGCCAACGUCAAUGUGGCAUCUGGCCCUGCGCCUAAGUCUGAGUAGGACAUCUUUGUGACACAGCAGAGGACAUGUUUGUUUUACGGGCGUCUUGGGAGACGGCGGCUUUUCGUCUUGGAGUGACUUGCCCCCACGUUUUUCCUUCUGGUUUUUGUUUUCCCUUUUGCUAUAUAUCAUACUUCCAUUCCCGGCCUUAUUACCUAGUACUUAGCUGCUUUUUUUGUUUUGGGCUGACGUGACGGACGGCAAGGGGGAACCGGAUCAUGGGUUUUGGCUAAAACAAACUGUCGCCAGGGAGCGUUUUCCGUAUGAUACUUGUAGUCGUCUCG